AUGCGUUGGCUGCUGGCGCGGCUGCGGGGGUGCGGGGUGGGGCGCAGGGCCCGCGACCCCGCCGCUGCUGCCGCCGUGCGCCUCCCGCAGCAGCGGCGCCACGCGUCAUCGACGGGGGCGACUUUUGUGGCGCGCGACGGCGGGGAACGGCACCAACUGCGCGGGAGCCGCCGAGGGGGCGAGGGCGCGGGCGCGGGCGGUGGGGAUGCGUCCGCCACCAGCAACGGCGUGACACGUGACGCGGGGCCCGGAGGCCCGGAGGCGCCGGGCUUCAACGAGCAGGCGCUGACCUCUGCGCUGGAGGCGAUGCAUUGGGCCCUCGACUCGGCACCGCCGCCCCUCGUUGGCGCCGCGGCGACUAACGCGCAACUUGAAAGGGCACUUCAAAAGUGGCCAGACGUGGCCCGCCGCCUGCGGGCGGUCGCCAUACCGGUGCUGCUGCAGGCCCCCGACACAACCGCGCCGUCCCUGCCGUUGGUGGCAGAGGCGUGCGAGACCCUCACAGAGGCGCUUAGCGUCGUCGAUGAGGUGAUGAGGGCCACAGGCAUGCGUGCGGAGCGCAUGUUUCCGGCGGCCCUCGUCGUUGUACUCUGGAGCCGUCUGCCGGGGUUUUAUGUGCAGGCACAGCGUGCCUCCAAGGCGCGGCAGAUCCGCGGCCGUGAGCCCAAACCCCCCGCUUCGCUUGGAGCUUCACCGUCGCUCCUGCGCGAGUUCAAGCGUGUCAGACGAGCGCUUGCGCUACGCACCCGCGAGUUAAAUGAUUUGUUGCCACCGUCCGUGCUCGUGCAGGUGUUGGUGUGCAUGGAGCAAUGCGAUGCCCUUUCCGACGACAUCAUUGGCCCAAUCGGGACGCGGCUGCUCCGGCGCUACAACACCUCCGCGGCUCCACUGACUGGUCCGCAGCGCGUGGCCACAAAUCACCUUUUGUCUGCCCGCUUUGUGGCAACCGCCGUGACCUCGGAGGAGGUGCCGUUUCAGGGUGAAACCGCCCUCGCUUUUGCCCGCUUGCUUGGGCGAUUGCAGGUGACGAAUCACUUUCAACUGCACCGUCUCAUGCACACCAUUCUUUUACCCCAAGUGGUGGCGACUCUGCAGUCCCGUGCCACCGACGAGAAGGUCCUCUUUGAGUUGACGCGGUGCUACUCCCGCUACGCCGUGUCCGGCAGUGCCGUUACUCAACUCACAGCGUUAUGGCUGCCGCACCUGUUUUCUAUGACGUUGGACAAAUGCUCUGAGCUCCUGAGUGUUGUGGGCGGUGGUGGCGGCCGUGCGACUGUUGGCGCGGAGGAGGACUAUUUUCCGCUGAUCGAGGCGAUUCUGGCGCGGGCGUCGGCGUUGCACCAGCAGGUGAGUCGGGACGGCGCCAGUGUGGCGCCGGCUGCGGCUCUGGUGGUGUCGGCCGCCGCCGCGGAGGGGAGCGCGGCGAGGUUUAUUUGUGCCCUGGCCGCGGUGAACUCCGCCCGCUGGGCGGAGGUGUACCUUUUGGCGGCAACGGCGCUGGAGAGCUGCUUCGAUGAACUCUCCACGGCGGAUGUCGCUCGCGUGACGAAGGCGCUGCUGCGCCGCGGCUCGCAUGUCCCGUACCACCCGCUGCACUCUCGCUUGGCGCACCGCCUCCUCACCGACGAGGCGGCCCUGGCAGACGCGCAGCUGGGGGGACUCUCGCUGCUGGCCGCCGCGCUGAUGUCGCCGCCGCCGCCGCCCGCGCCGUCCGCGGCUCGGGCGCUUGCCGUCUUUCGACGCCACGGCAAAACCCUGGGCCUGCGGAGCUUCGUGGCUGGGAUCUGCGUGUCCCCCCUGGCGCGGCUGCCCCGUCGCUCGCAGGAAGGCGUCAUCAUGCACUUCACCGCCAUUGCCUCGGCGCUGGAGGUGCCUUGGCUAGUGCGGGGCAUCGCCGCGCUGACGUCGCAGCUACCAGAGACGGUGGAUCCGCUUUCGGUGCAGCGUUGGUUUUCACGCUUCACAGCCGUUGACGUCGCCCGCCAGCUGGACGUUGGGCAGGCGGCGACGUUGCUGAACGUUUUGUCUCAUGACGACUACAGCCGUGACUGCGCCUUGGCGAAGCAGGCGGUUGUGAGGCAGACCGGCAGGCUUUUACUACAAGACACUGUCCCCCUGGACACGGUGCUCCCGCUGGUCGCCGCCUUGCAGCGCUCCGAUGUCUUCUUCCCGCACCUCUACUCCCGUCUCUGCCGUGUUCUUCUUGCAGAUGUGCGCCAGGCGCCAUGGCGACUACUCCUUCCUGUCUUUCACGCGAUGGCGGACGAGUUCACGCGGCGGCCGCACGGCAAUGGAAGCGUGUUCCGCGAUGUAUGGGAGCAGCUUCGGACGCGUCUCAUGGAGGAGGCGGCCUCAUCUCUGGAGGCGGAGGACGUUGUUUUGGCACUUAAUGGGUUUGCGGCCCUAGAUGGAAGGGAUCGUCCUGUAUUCGCCGUCCUGCUGCAUCGCCUCUGGACUAUUUAUCAAGGCCUUGCUGUCCCUGCAAAGGCCAAAGACGCUGCUCCGACGCGGGAGCCACCACCACCGCCAUCAGCGGCGGCGGCAUGGGCAGAUAAUCUUCUUGCUGGCUGCACGCCAAGCGCGCUUGCUGUUCUCCUCACAACUCUCAUUCAUGCGGGGCAGGAGAAGGUCGCUGCCACGUUUAUGCCCUGGGUGCUGCUGCGCACUCGCCCCGUCGUCAUGGAUCUUUACCCGACUGACGUCCUCCACCUCAUGCCGGCCUUAUUGUCUUGCUUUGCAGCGGCAAACGCCACUGAGGAGGCUGCCGACUGUGGCCGCACCUUGUGGCUGUGCAGUCCCGUGAAUCGCACCAUUCUCCACUCCACGUACGACGGUUGCCGGGAGCUGUUCCUGCAGAUGUAUGAGGAUGAGGCAACCGCCAGGGAUGCAAACGCGCUACGGACCCAGCGCGCCGAGUGGACUCCAAAGGUGCGCCUGUCAGUCUCGCGGGUGCCACGCUACCCGUUUGCGGAGCUCCUGAUCGCACUCUGCCAGUGCGAGGUGCGGGACGAGGCUGUGGCCACGGCGUCUGCGGCGCGUCUAACGCGACGCUCCUGUGCGGUGUUGCCUGUGGCCGAGUUGGUGGAUUUGACCAUGGCGCUUUGCUUCCACUUUCCGCCGCCGCCGCGGGAGGCCGCAGAGAAUGAUGGGGCGGACGUCAUGAGGGGCGAGGGCGACGACGGCCGCGACAAGGAGGCGGAAGCCACCACGUGCACCUCCUCCAGCGAAGCGAGGGAGAAGAGCGACGCUGCAGGCGCGCCCUUGUCCGCGCUCGCCCCGCACCGGCGCUUUCUACCACCUGUCUUGACCGCGUUGUGGGACCGGGUGGAGGAGCUGCAGACGCCGCACAUUGAUGCCCUGCUGCGGUGCCUGCGCCAUUAUUACAGCGACAAGGUGGACGCGGACUUUUUGGACCGCCUUGCGCGGCACAAGGCGGCGCUUGCCGAGCUGCGGACAAGGACUCAGCGGCCUCACGGGACCGCGACAUGCGAUGACGGUGGAGAAAUCGUUGCGGCCGCAGUGUCGUCGACGGCAUCCACCGCGGUAGCUGAGCAGGAACCUGUGAGUCGAAGUGAACCCACGGCGGAGGAUCUGUUCACUUCGUGA